ACCAUUGACCAACCAACACAUGAAUCUGUGCUGAUUUCAAGAUGGCGAACGCAAGAUGGCGGUUUGUGUUUGUAGUGUACGCGCUGUACCUGACCAGUGCCGUGCUGGGCUCGCAGGACCUCAUGGUGAAGAUGACCAAGGGAUUCACGAGGGUCGUGGAUGACUGCAAAACUGAGCUUAACGUGGGCGACCACAUAAUGCAAGACAUGUAUAACUACUGGCGCGAAGACUACCAGCUCAUUAAUCGGGACAUGGGUUGCAUGUUACUGUGUAUGGCGAAGAAGUUGGACCUCAUGGACGACCAGACGAUGCAUCACGGGAAAACUGAAGACUUCGCCAAGAGUCAUGGAGCUGACGACGACGUGGCCAAGAAGCUGGUGAGUGUAAUCCACGAAUGCGAGCAGCAGCACGCCGGUAUCGCUGACGACUGCAUGAGGGUGCUGGAGGUAGCCAAGUGCUUCCGCACUAAGAUCCACGAGCUCAAAUGGGCUCCUAGCAUAGAGGUCAUCAUGGAAGAGGUCAUGACCGCCGUGUAAAGGAAACCAGAAAACAAUACUAUAUUAGGGGAAACAGCUGCAGUAGUUGGAGAUGACAAUUCUAUUUGACGCGGGAAAUGAUCUGCAGCCAUAAAAAAGUUGAUGUACCUAUAAUUGCUAACGCUAUGGAAAAUAAAACAAAAGUAUGGGGAGUUAUAUCACCAUCGAUACAACCUCGUGGUGUGUGGGCAACAUAAAGAAAUUCAUACGUGUGGAUGUCAUUUGUUUUAUGUUCUUUGGCGUUAACGAUUAUAAGUUCUGCUGAAUGAUAACUGAAGUCCUUGAUAUGGCUCUUAUAUUCUUUCUAACAUUAUGUAGUAAGAUUUGGUGGUUACUGUAACUGGAAAGGGUUUCACAUCAUUUUUAAAUCAUCACUUACAUACUAAUAGUUGUAACACAAUCAUCUUUCAAUCGUCGGAGUGAUUUGAUUAGAUCAUCAAGUUCCAUCACAAGUAAAAUUGUGGCAUUUCUUUUAUUAUUGUCAUGGUUCUCUAUUCACAUCAUUUAUUUUAGGUUCUUGGAUAAUUAAAGUGUUUCAAAUU